GCCUUACGUACUCUUGCUGCGUGACGUAAUACGUAAAUAAGUUGCUCAAGCUUCUGCUGCUUACUCGGAAGGUUGUUCUCUUCCUUUAGCUUUAAUUAUCUCUCUUAAUAUUAAUGACAAUGCUGCAUACAAACUCUUGGAGAUAAAAACAGAACUGACAUUUUAUACGACACAAGGAUAUGCCAUCUGACUUUGUAACGUAACUACAAAGUAAGCCCCGUGUGGCCAACAAACCGAGUCGUUAGUCAACGAGCUAACAGCGGUUAGCACCACAAAUCUCCACACCGUGUGCUGUUCAGUCUCACUUUCUCUUCCAUUCCGUCUUCAUCUGUAGUCGGCCUUUAGAUUCUGUGACCAAGUUCAGUCCGUGGUUUCGCCAGGAGAGGAUGAACUGGCUUUUCCCCCUGUCCAAAGGCUCUGGACCGCUCCCUCCUCUGAACAGCCUACAGCAACAAAGACAGCGGCAGAUCGAGUCACUCAAAGCCGCUCAUCCCAGCCUUGCAGAGAUCCAGAAGGAUGUGGAAUACAGAAUACCAUUCACAGUCAACAACUCCACAGUUAGUGUUAACAUUCUGCUGCCUCCUCAGUUCCCCCAGGAGAAGCCGGUGGUUAGUGUCUACCCCCCUGUUGGUCAUCAUUUAGUCGACAGCAAUAAUGGUACCAUGAUCACUAGCCCCCUCAUCACUAAUUUUGGGAUGCACUCAGAUCUGGGUAAGGUCAUUCAGAGUCUGCUAGACGAGUUCUGGAAGAGUCCUCCUGCCUUGAUGUCCACUGGCCCUGCUGGAUUUCCGUACAGCAUGUACAAGCCAUCAGGCAUCGCUCCUUACCCCACUCAGGCUUUCCACUAUGGUCCUCGCCAUGUGGGCCCCAGUCACACGGCGCCUGCUGGUCCAGGCCCAGCUCAGUCUCCAGCUCCCAUGCCUCACCCAGGGGUCGAUAGUGCCCAUGGGCCCCCUCGAGCUCCAGCCCCAUACGGACUGAUUUCUGACCUGCCACUGCCUGUUCCUACUGGAGACUCACAGGCUGGACUUAACGGACACAUGUACAGGAUGCCUGAGAUUCCUGAGUCUUUUCCUGAACUCUGUGACAUGAAUCUAACCCAGUUGUCGGACAUGUCUGAAAACGAGGAUGUGCUACUGGAGUUCUUCGUGAGUUUGCCACAGCUCAAACAGGUCACCAAUGAUAAAGAAGAGCUGGUUACCAAUAUAGUGGACAUGGCUAAGAAAAACCUUCAGAUGGAGCCACAGCUGGAAGGAAAAAGACAAGAAAUGCUCUACAAGUACGAACAGCUGACGCAGAUGAAGUUGGCCUUUGAGUCAAGGUUGCAGAGACAGCAUGAACUCAGUGAGAGUUGCAGUCUUAGUACUCUUCAGGCUCGGUUAAAAGUUGCAGCCCACCAGGCUGAGGAGGAGUCGGAGGAGACGGCUGAAAACUUCCUGGAGGGACGCACAGACAUUGACGAAUUCCUGACCAGAUUCAUGGAGAAGAGAACGCUUUGCCACAGCAGAAGGGCCAAAGAGGAAAAGUUGCAACAGUCCAUCAACACACAUGGACAGUAUCCUACCAGCCACUAGGUAACACAAGGAUUGGUGUUUUCUCAGCCAACUGCUGCCAACUAAAAGGAUAAAGACAUCUGAGAGGACGAAAAGCACACUGAGUCAACAAUGGGCACUUGGAAGAAAUGGGAGAAAUAGGAAGACAGUGAUUGCAGUGGUGGGCUAAAAAAAAGAAGCCCACUGUGCCCGGAGAAAAAAAAAACUGUUGAAGUUGGAUUGUGUGAGAACAAGAUGGAGAACCUAUUGAGUCACCACAAGAGGCCAAAACUGGGAGAAUGAGUGACACAUGUCUAGCUUUUCCAACCACAUUAGUAAGGAUUGCUCAUAUUGUGGAUAAUUUCUGUUGCACAUGCUGUUUUUCCAGUUUUGACUUGACAGUGAUGACAGAUUUUCCUUUCCAGAAUUUACGUCACAUUGCUCAAUAAGAGCAACACCUGCACCUGAUCAGAGUGGCUGGUGAUGUGAACACAUUUGGAAGAAAGUAUAAAUUGUUUUGGACAGUAUUCCCAAUCUUACACUUUUCCACGCAAUGAGCAAGCAAAUGUCACUAUGAAAUAAUUCUUAAAAUGCUAACGUCGGUGUCUGUACUUCCCGUCUCAGAUAUCAUUGUCAAGUCCUUGCUUUAUUAUCCUAGAAAGGUCCCAUUUGUACUGGACAGACAGAAGAACAAUCUGCAAAUCUCCUGUUUACAUUGGAAAGGUUUACAUGAAACUCAGCACUGACAGUGUCACUUCAACAAGUCAAGAUAAUCUCUCUUGAUAAGAACCAAGGACGGGGCAGUGUUGUCAGGGGACUUUUAGCUUGGGCUGUUAAAAUUUGAACUCUUCAUAUGAAUUGUCGACAGUUAAAGUUAUAAAGUUGGUGGGUUUUCAGCUUAAGUAAUGUUUUGAACGCAGCCUCAAUAUCAGUGUGUUUGCACAAACAUUAAUAAUUCGAUUAAACUUGCCAUAGUAAUACUCGGAUUCGCGUAAUGUUGUUACACCAUAACCGAGUUUAUCUACUGUACGUCAAAAUCAGUGUCAACAUAAUCCAAAUAACAAACCUGGUUACUGCUAAAAAUUUAAUUGCUGUAUUAGGUUUGUGGCAGGCUAAUAAAAUAUUUUUUGGAGGUUAAUACAAACUAUUUCAGAUAUUGACCAGUUUAACAAACAAAUUCUUUAAACUGAGGUUAUUGGAAAACAGCACUGUAAACUACAUAAACAGUUUAAUCAUACUAUUACCUUAAUUCUGUGCUUUUUACAUGAAUCGGGUUAUUUGUGUACAUGUGAACAUACUGAUGGCAAUGAGCACCAUUAUGAUAUCCCGGCUAUUUUAUGACACUAUUUGAACUUGAAAUGUUUUAUGAAGAGCCUGAGACGAUUUGGGAUAAUGUUGAGGAAUUUUAGGUUAAAUGCUGCAGUAAAGCUAUGACAUUGGAUACUGUAUUUAAAUAAUGUUAAUAAUAGGCUAUAUUGUAAUCAAAGACUCAGACACCUUGUAUUAUAUGUUCUUAUUUAAUUUGUUAGGGUAAUAAAGCAUUUAGAAUGAA